AUGUUUUGUCUUUUGCAAACCAGAAUACAAGCUUAGGAACAAAAGUAGGAAGUGGGAUUUGUACUGGUCUAUAUUUAUUAUGGGCCUGCUGAGAGCAAGUUUUAUACUGUGAAUGGAUUCAUCUAACUUCCUAAGUUGUUGGACGGUUUAAUUACGGAACAAGUGAAUGUUCCUUUUUUUUUUUUUUUUUAAUGCCCUAAUGUUUGAAAGCAGAAAUUAGUAGUCUGCUGCCGGUAGCUUAUCCACCUAAUGUAUUGGGAGUGAUAUAAAUGAACUAUCAUCUAUAACUGCUGGUGACCAAGAACCUUCAAAACCACAUGUCCAACUUGAUGUUGAUGGUGUGGAUAAACCAGAAGAACGUGAAAGUGCUCAGGGGAUGUGUGGUGGCGCCGUGAAGACCACAAACUGGCCAGCGACCUGGCAACAUGCAGCCAGACACGUGAGCAGAGCAGCGGCAAGUGCUGAGAGAACUUACAGGACCUUUUUGUGCAGCAAGCUUCGAAAAUGUACCGGGGUAGGAAGGGACAUCAACUUUACCAUGCGACGCCACAACAGCUGGUCGUGUUCGGAAUUGGACCUGAGUGAAAUUCGCCUGAUCGUUUAUCAGGACUGCGAAAGGCGAGGCAGACAAGUCUUGUUUGACUCUAAGGCUGUUCACGAGGUUGAAGAGGAGGGAGCAGCUCAGAACCCGGAGGAUGUCCCUGUUACGAGGCCAGCCAGGUCCUGUCAGGGAAGCAGCAGUGUGAGCAGCAGCAGCAGCAGCAGCAGCAGCCUGUCUUUCCACAGUUCUUCCGGGGGAUCUUUACCACAUGCUAAGGAGCAGCUCCCAAAGUAUCAGUAUGCAAGACCAGCCUCAGAUGUCAGCAUGCUUGGGGAAAUGAUGUUUGGCUCUGUGGCAAUGAGCUAUAAAGGCUCUACCUUAAAGAUACACUAUAUACGUUCUCCUCCACAGCUGAUGAUUAGUAAAGUCUUCUCUGCUAGAAUGGGCAGUUUCUGUGGGAGUACCAAUAACUUGCAAGACAGCUUUGAAUACAUCAACCAAGAUCCUAAUUUGGGAAAACUGAACACAAAUCAAAAUAGUUUGAGUACUUGUCGUACUGGAAGUAACCUAGGGCUGCUGCAGGCAUGCGGCAGCAGACUGCUGCUGGGGGCAGCUGAAGGAGCGCCCCUCCGGCUCACCCGCAGUGCCUCUUUCCUCGCAGCACACAGCACACCAGUUGAUAUGCCAAGUAGAGGACAAAAUGAAGACCGGGACAGCGGCAUUGCUCGAUCAGCCUCACUAAGCAGCCUUUUGAUCACACCGUUCCCGUCUCCGAGCUCCUCUGCGUCCUCGUCCAGCAGUUACCAGCGCCGCUGGCUUCGAAGCCAGACAACGAGUUUGGAAAACGGCCUCAUUCCAAGGAGGUCAACUGAUGAAACAUUCAGCUUGGCCGACGAAACCUGUAGUUCCAAUCCAGCCAUAGUUCGGAGGAAGAAAAUUGCCAUAAGCGUCAUCUUUUCCCUGUGUGAGAAAGAAGAAGCCCAGAGGAACUUCCAGGACUUCUUUUUUUCUCAUUUCCCCCUGUUUGAAUCUCAUAUGAACAGGCUGAAGAGUGCGAUUGAGAAGGCCAUGAUAACCUGUAGGAAAAUAGCAGAAUCCAGUCGCCGAGUUCAGCUCUAUGUCAGCCGUCUGAUGGAAGCUCUGGGAGAGUUCAGAGGGACUAUCUGCAACCUCUAUUCUGUUCCAAGGAUAGCAGAGCCCAUAUGGCUUACUAUGAUGUCCAGCACUUUGGAGAAAAACCAGCUCUGCCAACGCUUCCUGAAGGAGUUUACUCUUCUGAUAGAACAGAUCAACAAAAAUCAGUUUUUUGCUGCCUUACUGACUGCAGUGUUAACCUACCAUCUGGCCUGGGUACCAACUGUCAUGCCUGUUGACCACCCUCCCAUUAAAGCCUUCUCAGAAAAACGCACCUCUCAGUCAGUGAACAUGCUGGCCAAAACACACCCAUACAAUCCUCUCUGGGCACAACUGGGUGACCUGUAUGGAGCCCUUGGGUCCCCGGUGAGGCUGACUCGCACUGUGGUGGUAGGCAAGCAGAAGGAUCUGGUGCAGCGCAUUCUCUACGUCCUGACUUACUUCCUCCGCUGCUCUGAGCUACAAGAGAACCAGCUGACCUGGAGCGGGACUCACGGCGAGGGCGACCAGGUGAUGCACGGGAGCAAGAUCACAACAGCCCUGGAGAAAGGUGAAGUUGAGGAGUCGGAGUAUGUGGUAGUCACAGUGAGAAACGAGCCUGCUCUUGUACCCCCCAUCCUCCUACCGCCAGCAGGUGAGAGAAGGAACCUGGGGCCCACAGGGUGGGCUGGGGCCCAGGGAGGCAUGGACAUUCCAGACUUGGGUCCCAACCCCGAUAAAGAAGAGCAGAGUUCUGGGACCUGUAGCACAGCAUUCCAAGAAGCAGCUUUGAGCACCUCUUCUCGACAUCAGGGCGCAUUUUGUGGGGAUGAUGGAUGCGAAAAAGAGGGACCACAAGGUGGCUCUUUGAGACUGCCCGGUUCCGAGGCCCUGAGGGCAGGCCUGAAAACUAGCCAACAGACUGCUGGCGUGGAAUUCAAAGGGGAGACGCCUCAGAAACUGCUAGACCGGUCAACGGCCUGGCCUUGCCCUGACAGACAUUUCCGGGAGAAGGCUCCCUUAGAGAAGGUCACUUUUAAAAUUGGAAGCUCCGUAUCUCCAGAGUCAGACCUUGAAAGUCGAACCAAGAAAAUGGAAGAGCAGCUAAAUCCCUGUAGACAAUGUCCAGAUUUAGCUGGAAGUCCCUCCACUCAGUCCAGGGUGUAUCCUGACAUGGCUCAGGACCAGCAGGGUUUAGGGUGCUCCUUUGAGCCUUGCUUUCGAAAGAAUGCCUGCUGCCUUCGGAAGCAGUCCUCUGAGCAGGAGGAAGGCGAACCAGACCGACGUUCUGCUGAGGACAGAGGCAUCAGAACCAGCUUGAGGGCAGACGUUGCUGUCCAACUCAACCGGCCAACCGCCACAUUCACAUCCGGUGACUCUGGGAAGCAGGCAGUGCACAACAUCGGAGGUUCGUGUGUGAAGGGCGCAGAAGGGCCUUGGUUGGAGCCUAUUCCAAGCAGAUGUGAACAGCAGGACUCUGGCCUCUUGGUCACUGCAGAUGUUCCCUGUGGGGAUGCCAGCAGGACAGAGGAGUACAGAAUUGAAGGAGACAUUCCCAGGAACGAAAGCGCAGACAGUGCCCUUGGAGAUAGCGAUGACGAAGCGUGUGCGGCAGCUGCGUUGAGUAUGGGUCACCAUGGUGACAGGCCUGAAGAGUCCCUGGAGGUGGAGCUGCCUCUGCCCAGGUCUCAAAACAUCAGUCACCAGAACGUGAGAAACUUUGGCCGGUCCCUUUUGGCGGGCUACUGCCCCACGUACAUGCCCGAUCUAGUGCUUCAUGGAACCAGCAAUGACGAGAAGCUGAAGCAGUGGCUGAUGGCUGACCUGGUGCACACGGUACAUCAUCCAGUGCUGGAUGAACCGAUAGCUGAAGCCAUCUGUAUUGUCGCAGACACGGAUAAGUGGAGCGUCCAGGUAGCCACAAGUCAGAGGAAGAUGAUGGAUAGUGUGAAACUGGGCCAAGAUGCCUUGGUCUCCAGCCAGGUGUCCAGUUUACUUCAAUCAAUUUUGCAGCUUUACAAGCUUCACCUCCCUGCAGAUUUUUGCGUCAUGCAUCUGGAAGACCGCCUCCAGGAGCUGUAUCUGAAGAGUAAAAUGCUCUCUGAGUACCUUCGAGGCCACACUCGCGUGCAUGUGAAAGAGCUGGGUGUUGUGCUGGGGAUCGAAUCUAACGACCUGCCUCUGUUGACUGCUAUUGCCACUACACAUUCUCCGUAUGUGGCUCAAAUACUCUUAUAGCACCCAGGACAGCUCUUCCUUGAAGAAGGACCAUCAGACUGCCAACGGAAGGAGUAAGAACUAAGCUUUCGGUGCUGUCAAGCGCAGACGAGCAAGCAGAAACCAUCUCUUCUCUAGGGUCUUUUCCCUUUUGUACUUCGGCUUUCAGGCGACGCUUCGUUGGAAGAUGUUAGGUUUAUUUGGCAUAAAAACAUUUGUGUUUUUCACACAAACCUUAGGCCAGGGGUCCUCAAACUACAGCCCGGGGGCCACAUGCGGCCCGCCGGGUGUUUUUGCCACCACUCCCUGUCUG